CAUCACCGCAGCUGGGGCUUAAAAUCACCCCUUGCCAGGGGACCUGUUUCCCUCAGCCUCUGCUGGCUGAUGACUCUGUGAGGACCUGGGCCACCAGGAGAGCCCUGUCCCUCUGUCACUUGAAAGGCCCUUGAUUCGGGCCCUGAGUCGCUGAAGAUCAUGAUGGCGUAUAUGAACCCGGGGCCCCACUAUUCUGUCAAUGCCUUGGCUCUGAGUGGCCCCAGCGUGGACCUGAUGCACCAGGCUGUGCCCUACCCGAGCGCGCCCCGGAAGCAGCGGCGGGAGCGGACCACCUUCACCCGCAGCCAGCUGGAGGAGCUGGAGGCGCUCUUCGCCAAGACCCAGUACCCGGACGUGUACGCGCGCGAGGAGGUGGCGCUCAAGAUCAACCUGCCGGAGUCCAGGGUUCAGGUUUGGUUCAAGAACCGCAGGGCCAAGUGCAGACAGCAGCGGCAGCAGCAGAAGCAGCAGCAGCAGCAGCAGCCGCCGGGGGCGCAGGCCAAGGCUCGUCCUGCCAAGAGGAAGGCGGGUGGCUCCCCGCGACCCUCCACGGAUGUGUGUCCUGACCCUCUGGGCAUCUCGGAUUCCUACAGCCCCCCUCUGCCGGGCCCCUCGGGGUCCCCCACCACCGCAGUGGCCACGGUGUCCAUCUGGAGUCCAGCCUCGGAGUCCCCUUUGCCUGAGGCCCAGCGGGCCGGGCUGGUGACCUCGGGGCCCUCUUUGAGCUCUGCCCCUUAUGCCAUGACCUAUGCCCCCGCCUCAGCUUUUUGCUCCUCACCCUCCGCUUAUGGCUCUCCAAGCUCCUAUUUCAGCGGCUUGGACCCCUACCUUUCUCCCAUGGUGCCCCAGCUGGGGGGCCCAGCGCUCAGUCCCCUGUCGGGUCCCUCUGUGGGUCCCUCUCUGGCCCAGUCCCCCACAUCCCUGUCAGGCCAGAGCUAUGGCGCCUACAGUCCCGUGGACAGCUUGGAAUUCAAGGACCCCACGGGCACCUGGAAAUUCACCUACAACCCCAUGGACCCUCUGGAUUACAAGGAUCAGAGUGCCUGGAAGUUUCAGAUCUUGUAGAAGACUCUGUCUCCACCUCUCUGGGCCUCCUGGCAGCCUGGAUUCCGACUGUGGUCCAGGCAUGUCUCAGCCCAUGCAGCCCACCCUGUCACCCCAGGGCAGCCUCUCCAGGGCUGGGUAGGAUUCAGCAAAGCUCUCAGCCUAGCGUGAGUGCCCCACCUAGCUGGGGUCCCGGACCCUGAGCCCCAGACUUUGUAUCUGGGAGAAGCAGCUUGCCACUGACUGGGGCAACGUUUAGGUCAGAAUCUCUGUGCCCUUGAGCAAACAGGGAAGUUCCGUUCCUUACCUCCCUGUGUGGAUGCUUUUGUGGUCAGAGUCUUUACAGAGAUUCCAGCCCUGACUUCCAGAGGUUCCAUCUUAGGCCAAUUAUACAGGUGCAUUUAAACAUUCACUAGGAAGCUGGGUGUGGUGCACACACCUGUAAUACCAGCACUCAGGAGGCUGAGGCAGGAAAGUCACUGUGAGUUCCAGGCCAGCUUGGGCUACAUAGUGAGUUCAGGGCCAGCCUGAACUACACAGACCCUGUCUCAAAACAAAAACAAAAACAAAAACAAGAACCAAAUUGCUACCCCCCCCAAACCCCCCCCCCCAAAAACAACAAAACAAAUGAGUUGAAAUUUUGCAAAUUCCAGGCUUACCUGACAAGUUUAGGGGACAGUUUGAUAAUGUACAUAUGUACAUGACAUGUAUGUAAAUGUAUGUUUCCUCCUUAGUUUCUUUUUAAAGGCACUUGGUCAUUCCCUCACCCGUUAGUACUUUGGGUAUCUCUGGUAGAGGCAUGGAAGGCAGGUUUCUGGUUCCAUCUCUACUAUUUUUCCUUUGUUUCAGGAUUUGCUAAAGGCAGAUUUCACCAGAACAUUGGCAGAACUGGGGUGGUUGCAUGGGUACCCCUAAUAUAGUUGCAUUGAAAAGGGUCAGGUGGGCAGAUUUUCAUCUGAAAUACAGAGUGGGGGAUGGAUUUGGAAGCAGCCCUGGCCUUUAAUGAUACUUUCCUUCUUGUAGAUUUAUUUUGUUUUCAGCUUUAGUUGUGGGACUGGGGAAGAUUGAACUCAGCCCUGGGAGAAUUUGAAGGAGGGUAGAGGUAAUUUAAAAAUUUUUCUUUUUCUUUUCUUGAGACAGUGUCUUUGCUAUGUAGCCUUGAGCGUGGAGUGAUCCUCCUGUCUCAGCCUCCUGAAUGCUGGGAUUACACAUAUGUACCACCAUGCCCAGCCAGGGUGGUGACGCUCUGACACCGUAGAAGUCUGGUGCUUUGGCCUGGCCUCUUCCAACUGUCCUCUCCUUUCAUUUUUGGAUUGGGGAAGCCAAGAACUCUGGUUCAUGGGUUUCCCAGGGCAGGAUGUGAAAGGAAGAAAGCAGAAAGGUCCGGCCUGGUGGGAAAAGGUUAAUAAAUGGUCUCUCAGGAAGAGGGGAGCCCUGACUGGGGUGCUGGCUGGUUUCCAAGGCUGAUUUCCAGCUGUGGACCUCAGGUCACUGAACCUGGAAUUGGGCAGCCUUUGUGGACAAACCAGUGUGAGCUGGCCUGGGCUCCCAGGGGAAGGAGAGAGCUGAGGAAGCUGGGAAGAAUCAGAAGUUUUCCAGCCCUAGAGCAGGAGAGGCACUCACAGUGUAGACCCCCUCCGGGCCACACUGCUUGUUGGUGUCCACAAAGACACAGCAGUCUCUUUACCACACAACUUGUCCAUAUCUCAGGGCUCUGAGUCCUGCUGGGCUCUGGGACCAGGAAUCCAGGGCUAGCCCAGCAAGUGUCCUAGGGCAGAAAGUAGAACAGGGGAGUGAAAUAUAAUGGGACAAAAAUGGGGGUGGUGAUGCAGGCCUGUGAUCCUAGCGCUGGAAAGGCUGAGACAGGAGGAUCGUCUAGGAGUCACACAAGGCAAGAGAUUGAAUCCCAUCCAGGAAUCCCAUGAUCAUUUUUCAGAGCUGGACUCCUCAGAUGCAGACAUCUGAGGUGUCCAGGGGCCACCAAAGGCCCUGUUUCCUAAAGCCAUGGGGCCAGCAAGGCCAGGGACCCAAGGAAGAGGCCAGAAGCCUCCCUCAGUCUGCGACAGGGCCUCCACCCUGUCCUUUGCCACUUGCUGGCAUCUAGGCCCAUCCCUGACUCCCCACAGUGAAGUCGAUUAAAAACAUUGAGUCUCUUUGGAA